CAUUAUUUACCGUUAACCUUACCCAAUCACUUACCCGAGUUAACGAUUUUAAAACAAAUAAAAAAAAAAAUUGGAUUAAAUUCUUUAUAAACCACUUACAUCGUCUUCUUCUUCGGCGCCCUUUUUGUUUCUCUGGUUCCAUUGAUGCCGUCCGCCCUGGUGAACAGCGUUGCAAUCACGCCGACGACGAAGGAGGCGUUCGCCUGGUUUGGACCUCGGAUCUCCUUCAGCCACGAUGCUGCCUCCGUUGACCUUCCGUCUCCCGCAGCGGAGGGCAGCCCCGAAGCAUUCCACGAGGACUUCGAGUUCCUCCUCCAUGACCGUCCCGUCUCCAUGCUACCCGCCGACGAGCUCUUCUCCGAGGGAAAACUCGUUCCGCUCCAUCUAGCUGUCACCAAGCCUCCGGAGGCUGAGUCUAUGGUCUUUCCGGAUCCUCCGGAGAUGCGGCGGAAGGCGGAGAUCUCCGGCGCAGAUCCUUACGGGUUAUCCCCCCGCGCGCCAAGGUGCAUCGGUCGCUGGCGUGAGUUACUCGGCCUGAAGCGCGCAUCCGCCUCGAAGUUCCGCGUCCAAGUGGCAGUCGGCGACGUGCCGUCAGCGGUGGCCUCCGCCGCCUCGAAGAAGAGUGCGGUCCCAAGGUCGGCUCCGAAGCAUCUGCUCCACUGGCACCCCAAGGCUGCCUCUGUCGACUCGUCGUUUAGUCUCCCCCUCCUUCGCGACUCGGAUCAAGAAUCUUCGCACAUCGCCUCCUGUCUAUCUCACUCCUCGUCCUCCUCCUCUGGCCCCGAUCACGAGGAUAUCGCCGGGCUAUCCAUCGAUUCCGAUAAGAUCGGCUACGUCGCGUCCCGGAUCCGCCUAUCCUGCCCACGUCCCGCCUUGCCGGCGGCAUCGAGGAUGGGGUUCAGCCCCAGCAAGCGGACCACCGAUCCUGCAGCGCAGCCGCCGCGAGGUGUGUCGGUGGACAGCCCGCGCAUGAGCUCAUCGGGCAAGAUUGUGUUCCACGGCCUGGAGCGGAGCUCGAGCAGUCCGGGGAGCUUCACCGGCGGCCCGAGGCCGCGGAUGCGCCGGGUGGAGAGGUCCUACUCUGCCAACGUCCAAGUGGCGCCAGUCCUCAACGUCGUUCCCGUAGGCUCCCUCCGCGGCUCCGGGAAGCCCGUCUCCGUCUUCGGCCUCGCACAGUUGUUCUCGCCGCAGCCAAAGAAGGAACGCCAGGGCUCCGUCACGAACCGGGCGCAGGCGUCCCGUCCGUCCCUGCGCCAUCGGCGUCAGGAUCAAGAUCGCAACAUUUGCUCGAAAUCAAAUUAGGAAAUCGCAAAUCCAAAAGAGCAAUUCAAAUUUGUUUUCAAUCUAGAAGCACGUUGUGCCUGUCAAUAGUCGUGCAUUUAAGCAAUUGAAGAAAUCUGAUCGCAAAUGCACAUGAUUCAUAUCAGACUUUCA